AUGUGCAGUCAAUCUCGUAGGGGGCUGUGGUUCUUGAGUCCUCUGAAUGUAGCUGGAUUAUUUUUAACACAACCAGAGUCCAGACACGUAUCAGGUUGCUCAUGUAUUUACACAAGUAAGAAUUUCCAACAAUGGAUGAUGUUAAUGUCAUUCUUAAACCAGUUGCCGAGACACUUAUGGAACCUGUUAAGAAACAUUUGUGCUACUUCAUUUCCAGCACAAAACAUGUGGAGUGGGGAAGACCACAAUGAUGCAAAGACUGAAGAAGAUAAGUCGUUGAGGUUUCCUCAAGACUUUUAUGAAGGAAUGGAAAAGCUCCAGGUUAUAUCAUACGAUAAAAUGAAGUAUCCAAUGCUUCCCUCAUCACCUCAAUGCUCCACCAACUUUCGAGUGAUUCAUCUCCAUGAAUGUUCAUUAAGGAUGUUUGAUUGCUCUUCUAUUGGAAAUAUGUUGAAUCUAGAAGUGCUAAGCUUUGUUAAUUCUAUGGUUACCUUCCACAGUCAGAAAUUUAAAGAGGCUAAGGCUACUUGA